UAGUCGAAGGCACAUCAGCCGAUGCGGAACCUUAUACCGAGAUUCCCGGGCGGUAGAUUUAUCGUUGCACAGCGAACCCGGAAGCAGCAAGAUGGCCCGGGCAGCCAAAAGUGCCGUGGUGCUGUGCAUGGACGUAGGACUCGCAAUGAGCCAUUCCAACCAAGGAGAGGAGUCUCCGUUUGAACAGGCCAAGAAGGUUAUGAUGCUCUUCCUGCAGAGACAGGUGUUUGCAGAGAGCAAGGAUGAGAUUGCAGUGGUUCUGUUUGGCACGGACACCACGGAUAAUGCCUUGGCUCGUGGGGACCAGUAUGAGAACAUCUCUGUCCAUCGCCACCUGAUGCUUCCAGACUUUGACCUCCUAGAACAGAUACAGAAUGUGGUUGAGCCAGGCUCCACGCAAGCCGACUUCCUCGAUGCUCUGAUCGUGUCAAUGGAUCUUCUGCAGAAGGAGACGCUGGGAAAGAAGUACGAGCGGCUGCACAUUGCAGUAUUCUCCGACCUCAGCAGCCCCUUUAGUGUCGACCAACUUGAGGUUAUUAUCGCAAACCUGAAAAAAGCCGGGAUCAGCCUUCAGUUCUUUCUGCCUUUCCCUGUUGAUGAAGAGGAGGCUGGAGAUUCCAGUAAUAACAGAGGGGAUUCGGGCAGCUCGGACAGAGGGCGGGGGCCUGGGAAAGGCCUGUCUGACCAGCAGAAGGAAGGCAUUGAGAUGGUGAGGAAGAUCAUGUUCUCUCUGGACGGGGAAGACGGACUGAGUGAAGUUUUUACGUUCAGGGAAAGUCUGGAGAGGCUGAGCAUCUUUAAGAAGAUUGAGAGGAGACCGAUGGCGUGGCCGUGCCAGCUGACCAUAGGGUCGGGCCUUUCCAUACGCAUCGUGGGCUAUAAAUCCGUCACCGAGGAGAAAGUGAAAAAGACCUGGGCUCACGUUGAUGCCAAAUCGAACAAAAAGGAAGAUAUAAAAAAGGAAACGGUUUAUUGUCUGAAUAACGAUGAGGAGACGGAAGUGGAGAAGGAAGAUACCAUUCAAGGUUACCGUUACGGCAGCGACAUUGUGCCCUUCUCAAAGGUGGAUCAGGAACAGAUGAAGUACAGAUCAGAAGGGAAGUGCUUUGCGGUUCUGGGUUUCACUAAGUCUUCCCUGGUGCCCAGUCACCAGUUUGUGGGAAAUCAAGUGGUAAAGAUAUUCGCCCCCUCUGAUGACGAGGCUGCCAGUGUGGCCCUCUCGUCGCUGAUCCACGCCUUGGAUGAGAUGGACAUGGUUGCCAUUGUACGCUAUGUUUAUGAUAGGCGGUGCAACCCCCAGGUGGGCGUGGCAUUCCCCCGCAUCAAGGAUAAGUACGAGUGCCUUGUGUAUAUCCAGCUGCCAUUCAUGGAGGACCUCAGGCAGCACUUAUUCUCCUCGCUGAAGAACAGCAAAAAGUUCACCCCAACAGACUCCCAGCUCUCGGCCAUGGACUCCCUGAUUGGCAGCAUGAGUCUGGUGUCUGAUGAUGGGGAGACCACCGAGGAUUUAUUCAAACCCAGUAAAAUCCCCAAUCCCCAGUUUCAGCGAUUGUUUCAGUGCCUGCAGCACAAGGCCCUAAACCCAGAGAGUUCCCUGCCGCCCAUUGAAAAGCACCUACAGGACAUGCUGGAAGCCCCGGGGGCAGUUACAGAGGGGUGCAGGGCCUCUCUAGCCACGGUGAAGGCUUGUUUCCCGCUGCAGGAGGCCACCAAGAGGAAGGAGGUGAAAACUGGUGAUGAAAUCUUCACCAAAAAGACUGAAGACGAACCUGAUGCUAAAAAAUUGAAGGAAGAUGAUGAAGAUUUCAGCCUCUCGCGCCUGGUGGAUGAAAACAUCACUGUGGUGGGGAGCGUGAAUCCAGAUCAGGAUUUCCGGGCGCUACUGAGACAAAAGAACUCAGACUUUAAACAUGUAAGCGAGCAGCUAAUUAAGCGCAUACUCGAGUGCCUGGAUGUGAAGCAGUACCAGUACUACAUGAAGAGCAUCCGCUGCAUAAAGGCAUUCCGCGAGGAAGCCAUCAAGUCGUCCCACGUCCAGAACUUCAAUGAGUUUCUCCAGAUGCUGAAAUUAAAGGCGGAGAGCAGUGCACUGAUGGAAUUCUGGGACAUUAUUGUUCAAGAUGACAUUUCCCUGAUCACAAGUUCGGAAUCCAAAGGCAGCUCAGUGACUCCUGAGGAAGCCAGGAAGUUUUUGGCUCGGAAAGAGGAGAAAGCGGAAGAGGCAGCCAUGAUGGAGGAGGAAGGGGAUGUAGACGACUUGCUCGACAUGAUGUGAGAGGCUGAAGCACAGGCCGGGGAGGAAGAUGAAGCACUUACUAACGAACAGAAGAGACCAAAGUUGCCCUUAGCACCACAUGGUUGGGGUUGUGCCAGUGUGGGUGCCACCUGGUGCCCCUGGGCUGUACCUUUAAUUCCCCCCUACUCACUGUAUAUCAUACACUCUCCCAUUGGGCGCAACCAUGUUUAGCCCUGUAGCCCUCGGCAUUCUGUAUCCGACCAUUGCACUAUGUACCGGCCGCUGCCUGGAGGGGGCGCUGCUUUCUUACAGUUUACAGAAACAUUCCGAAUAAACAGAUGCAGGUAGGACAUCUACUUCCAAUACUUGCCGCUACAAUAUUGGGGAUAUGGAGCCGGGCUUGGGAUAUACCACUACGUGUAUUAUCUUCCUCCUCUGAGACAAUUUGCAAUUGGUCUUCAUUUUUUAUUAUUUGUAGUUUUUUAUUUAUUUCACUUUUUGUUCAGCAGCCCUCUUUAGCCGCUAUCUGGUUGCUAGGGUCUAAAUUACCUUAGCAAUCAGACAGUGGUUUGAAUAAGAGACAGGUAUAUGAACAGGAGAGGGGCCUGGAUAGAAAGAUAAAUAAUAAAAAGUAACAAUAACAAUAAAACUGGAGCCUCACAGAGCAAUAGGGUUUGGCUGCCGGGGUCAGUGACCCCCAUUUGAAAGCUGCAAAGAGUUGGAAAAAGGCAAAUAAUUCAAAAACUAUAAAAAAUAAAUAAUGAAGACCAAUUGAAAAGUUAAUUAUAACAUACUAAAAGUUAACAGAAAGUUAACCAUCACUAUAAGUCCCAAUAUCCAUAUGUGUAUGCUCAAAUACCCCCAAGAACAGGAAAAUACCCCUGCCCCCCUCUGUGUCCUUCCUGCUGUGCUUUAUGUGUGUUAUACAAUGAGAGUGGUAUAUAGGGAGGCACCCCCACCCCUGUAAUACUGGCUGCUUAUAGAAUACACAGCCGGCAUGGCUAAUAAGCACUUCAUUCCGCUGCAGACAGCACUGGUUUCUGUGCAGCCAUGCAAUAUGCAUAUAUGUUUAUUUCCAAUUACCCAUGUAACAUGAGGAUUCAGUAUGAGGGCAGAAUUAAAGUGGUGAGGGGGCAGCCAUACUUGUAUCCAAUAGAAUUUAGGCAAUUCUGUGUCUGAACUACAGUUCCCAGAAUCCCCAGCUAGUCACGUGGGGGAUAUCUAUGCUGUAUAUAUUGUUUCAUUCAUUUACACAGAAGUGCCUUAGCCCCAGUACAGCUGUGCGCCCAGGCAUUGCUGCUCCCUAAUAAAAUAUUUUUGAAGA